AUGGGACACGUCAGCGACAGCUUCACCAUUCUCUAUGUCGGCCUCGCCGCCGGGAUAUACUUCAAGCCGGAGUACGCUAUUUUCAACUCAAGGAUUGUGACAUUCGCUGUCCUUUUCGGGAUCAUUACUGUGUCAAGGAUUCUUUAUCAGCUUGUGUUCUAUCCCGAUUAUUUCACUCCCUUGAAACACAUUUAUUCACCUGCGGGACGAAGUUGGCUCAGGGGGAAUUCGACGGGUUUCCUGCUUGAGACUCCCUAUCCGAAAUUACGGGAGUGGGCGAAGAACAGGCCCGAUCAAGGUCUCAUCCGGUACUAUAUGAUCGCAAACCUCGAAAGAGUGGCCGUAACAAGCCCAAAAGCAUUGGGCGAGGUGCUUGUUACGAAAGUUUACGAUUUUGAAAAACCCGAAUUGGUUCGGCAAGUUUUGCGGCGCAUUACAGGUGACGGAAUCCUACUUGCUGAAGGCGAAGAGCACAAGAUGCAACGCAAGAAUCUUCUGCCAGCCUUUGCCUAUCGCCACAUCAAGAACCUCUAUCCAGUCUUCUGGGACAAGAGUAUAGAAAUGGUCAAGAUGAUUGAGAAAGACCUACAGAGCAGGAAGGCCAGUGGUAAUGCCGACAAUACAGUUCAGAUCAGUAACUGGGCCAGUCGAGCAACCUUGGAUAUCAUCGGCGUCGCCGGUAUGGACCACGACUUCGACUCUCUCCGUGAUCCUAACAACACUCUCAACCAAUCCUACCGCAAAGUUAUGUCAUCACCACCCCUCAUCACGAAAAUCAUUUUCGUCGUAAGUCUGUUAUUCGGAAGGCCAGCGUGGAUCCACUCCUUACCGACGAAACGCAACAAAGAUGUCAAGGAGAGUGGCGAGGUCAUCCGCAACGUCGCGCGACAGAUGAUCCGACAGAAGAAGGCAAAGAUGGAAGACCCCAAUUCCGAAACCGGCAUUGACAUUAUCUCCGUUGCACUCACCAGCGGCACCUUCGACGAAGAGAACCUCGUCGACCAAUCCAUGACCUUCCUAGGCGCAGGCCACGAGACAACCGCCUCAGCACUACAGUGGGCCGUUUACGCACUCUGCAAGAACCCCAACGUCCAAACCCGUCUGCGGGAUGAAAUCCGUGCUAAUCUUCCCUCCGCGGACGACCCGACUCCAAUCUCCGCAGCCGCCAUUGAUAAUCUGCCAUACUUAAAUGCAGUGUGCAACGAGGUCCUCCGUUUCCACCCCUCUGUGCCGACAACCACACGCAAGGCGGUUCGUGACACAAGUAUUGCCGGCUCACAUAUUCCCAACGGUACCACAUUCACGAUGUCUCCGCAGAUCAUCAACCGGUUGGAAGAGUUGUGGGGACCAGACGCGAACGAAUUCAAUCCGGACCGCUUUAUGGGUCCCGGUAAGGCUAAUACCGGCGGUGCGGUUAAUAAUUAUGCCUUUUUGACUUUCCUGCAUGGUCCACGUGGGUGCAUUGGGCAGGGUUUUGCGAAGGCGGAGCUUGCUUGCUUGAUUGCUGCUACUGUUGGUCGGUUUCACAUGGAGUUGAAGUUUCCUGAUGCCAAGUUGGAGAUGCGGGAGGGUGCUACUGUUUCACCUAAAGACGGAGUACUUGCCUUGCUUACGCCGUUGGAGGGGUGGUAG